CACUCAGCCAGCGAGCAUAAUUUACGUUCGCAGCUUUUCACUAAUCUCUUUCUUUCUUUAACUGCCCAAGCAAGUUGCAGCAACAACCGCCACCGGCUCCUAUAAUACUACGCCCACCACUAUCCCUAAUAUUAAAUAUUGAAAAAAAAAGGGGCACACUUUCAAGUAGCCAAUAAUUCAUUUUCUGAUUCCUUUGCUUUCUUUCUUCUUCCUGUUUAGUUGGGUUUUGAAAUUUUGAUUUAGAUUGUGUUGGUGGUGGUGAUGAUGAUUGGUGUUGUUUGAUAGUUUCGCCGGAAAAAGAAAAAAACGAACAUGGUGACAGUUAAUAGUUUGAUUAGUACUUGGAUCGGUGACCUUCUCGCUUGCAUGGGUGGUUGUUUUGGGUGCUGCACUAAACCUACACCGAUUAUUGCUGUGGAUGAGCCAUCAAAAGGAUUGAGAAUUCAAGGGCGUAUAGUGAGGAAGCCCAGCAUUUCAGAUGAUUUUUGGAGCACCAGCACGUAUGAUUUGGAAAACAGUGCUAUUCAAUCUCAAAGAAGCUUGUCGUCGAUCAGCACAUCAAAUCCAACUCUAAGUCAAUGCAGUAGCACUGGUGGCAUAGCCAACCAGUCUGAUUUCGUAAAUCAGGGUUUAAUUCUCUGGAACCAGAGCAGACUCCAGUGGAUUGGAAGUAGCAGGCCUAGGAAUCAUACUCAACAAAGUAGGGAGACCAGAUUAAGUUGGAAUGCAACAUAUGAAAGUUUACUUGGGACCAGGAAUCCAUUUCCCGGGCCCAUUCCUCUUUCUGAAAUGAUUGAUUUUCUGGUGGAAGUAUGGGAGCAGGAGGGAUUGUAUGAUUGGAGUUAAUGUCAGAGAAAAAAAACGUUUUGUUUUUUUCACAUAUUAACAAUUGUUCAUCUUUGUAGUUUUGAACAUUUAAGUGAAGUUGUAUAUAGUUGUGGGGGAAGGGAGAAAACAAAAGGAACAAGAUACAGUAUCUUUUUCAUUGUAUAAUUUUAAAAUCCACAGCCCACACGAUUCUCUUCUUUCC